CGCCUCUCUGCCAGCAGAGUUCGCACUCUGGCCCCGGACGGGAGGGGCGAGGGCUGGGGUCCGGUGUCCGGCGCGCGGCCAUGCGGCCCCUUUUCGGCCUGCUCCUGGUCUUCGCCGUCUGUACCUUCUCCCUCUACCUGCUGUCUACGCAGCUGCCGCGGAGCGCGAGACGCGAUGCCCGCCAAAGCGAGGAGGGCGAGGAUCCGGGCCCCAGGGUGCUGAAGUUCCCUUCGGACCUGGAGGAGCUGCGGGAGCUCUCGGCCUUCCUGCAGUCCUACCGGGGGGAGCACCAGGCCUACGUGCUGCUGCUCUUCUGCAGCGCCUACCUCUACAAGCAGUGCUUCGCCAUCCCCGGCUCCAGCUUCCUGAACGUUCUGGCCGGAGCCUUGUUUGGGCCCUGGGUAGGCCUGGUGCUGUGCUGUGUGCUGGCCUCGGUGGGCGCCACCUGCUGUUACCUGCUCUCCAGGGCCUUCGGAAAGCAGUUGGUGGUCUCCUACUUCCCGGAGAAGGUGGCCAUGCUGCAGAAAAAGGUGGAGGACAACAGGAACAGUCUCUUCUUCUUCCUGCUCUUCCUGAGACUCUUCCCCAUGACGCCCAACUGGUUCUUGAACUUCUCAUCCCCGAUUCUGAACAUCCCCAUCGUGCAGUUCUUCUUCUCGGUCCUCAUAGGCCUGAUCCCGUACAACUUCAUCUGCGUGCAGACCGGCUCCAUCCUGUCCUCCGUCACCUCCCUGGACGACAUCUUCUCCUGGGCGACCGUGCUCAAGCUGCUGGCCAUCGCCCUGGUGGCGCUGAUCCCGGGCACCCUCAUCAAGCGCUUCAGCCGCAAGCGUCUCAGGCUGGACGAGCCCGGCGGCGCUCACCCGGGGGGCGCCAAGAAGGGGACGUGACGGCCGGCCUCGGCGGGGGGCCCGGCGCUUGGCGGGCCGCCUCCGCACCUCGCCUCCCCCAGGAAGGUCGAGGGGGGCUCGUGUCCCCAGCCUAG